AUGUCAGCGAAGGUGUAUCCUAUAAGUCUUCGGUCUAAAGAUAAUGCUUUGAAGCAGCCAAAAGAACUGUUUGCCUACUCCAUGCAUGCAGAUGGGACAGUGACCUUUGACAACUCCAACUUGGCUUACUACUACUUCCCAGACAGCGAACUCAACAAUCCUCAGGGCGUUGACCUAAUUGGUGGAUAUACCAAGUAUCAGAAGGCUGAGGAAGAGGAUCCAGGUUCUCUGAGACCGUUGUUAGAAAGCAUUGCAAACUACGAAAAGCAAUAUGGCAAGAUUAAAGUUGACAUCAUUACAUGGAGAGGAGUGAUGAGGAAGAUUAUGACUGUUCCACACACCGGCAAAGACGAGCCUUUAAAUCUUGAUAUUAUCAAGUUCGAUGGAUCACUGAUAAUUCGUCAAAACAGGGACCAUCUUUUGAAAGAAAUCCAGGAUGAGGAGUCCAGAGACGAAUCCUUCAAGAAGCUCGUCUACACAGGCUACAAAUUUGAACGGCUCGCCACGUUGGAUAAGCCUUGGGCCCGUUGUACGAGAAAGGAGAUAGAAACCAGAAAUAAGAAACCAAUCACGCCUCGUGAGCAGUAUUGCUCGGUUGUGCGAACUGGAAUAGGCAAGGUAAAGAUGCUUCUUGGUGGGGAGAUAGACUGUGUGUGGGAUUGCAAACCAGACCCGGAGGACCCACUCGAAGGCAACCCAAACCCAGCAGACCACUAUCUGGAGCUUAAGACAUCCAAGAUAAUACAACAUCCAGGACAAGUGAAGAACUUUGAGAAGAAGUUGCUGAAGACUUGGUCCCAAAGCUUCUUGAUUGGAAUCCGCAAGGUGGUGUACGGCUACCGUGACGAUAACCUGGUACUGAGGUCUAUCGAGGAAUAUAAAGUUGAUGACAUUCCUGUGUUGCUGAAAAAUAGUCCCUUCCAAAAUCCUCAACCCACUUCCGCUGCUGCUAGUACUAAGAAACCAGUCAAUAAGUGUAUGGACUCACUAAAGUUCUACGGAGGCUUUGUUAACUGGUUGUUGGAGACUAUUCCAGAUGAUGAGACGAAGGUGUGGAAUCUGUCCUACGAUUUUGAAACUAACAGGGAGUAUUUGACUCUCAAAGAGGUUAAUGGCUCAGAGAACGUUGAGAGAAUUCGAAGCACCAUAAUCUCCGAAGAAUUUGCGGAAUGGAGAAAGAGUCUCGUGGAAGAAUCUUAA